AUGUGGACUGGGUGGCUAGGGAUCAGCUUCUUGCUAGUGCCGGUGCCUGCUUGGUGGCUGGUCUGCGUCCUCGCUCUCCCUCCGGUGUUAGCGGCAGUUUCACCAGCAGCAGAAAUAUCAGACGUGAAAGGGACAGCGACAUAUUCUAUGCCAGCAGUGCAGUCCACGGAUUCGCCGACCACUGAUACCAUAGAGACAAAAGGAGAAGCGCUCUCCUCAGCAACCUGCGGAUCCUCUCCGCAGGAGGAGAAUCCAGAUGGUUUCGAUAUCGCCAAACUGAUGAACGCAGUCCGAAUUGAGCGGUCCAUUAAAUCGAAUUCGAAACACAGCAUCAACAAGGCUUCCUUUAUAGACUCGACCUUUUUAAUGGGCAUUGUCGCUACGGUCCUUGUCAUGUUGUAUGCAAUAAAAGAACUGACCCUAGAGAUGUCCAGUCAAAGACGGAUGUUGAGGAGAGUUGACGCAGAAGCACCCGCAGCAUUAAAUGGAAGUUGCAGAAAGCUUGAUAGAGCCAGUGCGAGAGGCGCUGCUGCACGUUGGGUCUUUUCGGCUAGAGGUUUGUACUUGAGGCGGCAUCAAGGAAAGAAGAAGCAAAGCACAAAACAUAGAAGCGUUUGCUGUUGGGCAUUGUCCUUGUAUGUCUCAGCCGAGCAUGCCUCGUAUGUAGCUGACGACGGCCACACGUACCUCGUUUCUUUGGAUUCCAGGGGUCUGGGACGCGUGGUGCUGCCUAAGACAUACUCGCAGCAGGAGACGGAAAAGUUAAUCGGCUUGUUCGAGCGAGCCCUGCAAUACUUAAAAAGCGUCCCCCCAGAGGAUACCAGUGCAUUUAAGUAG